AUGACAUACGCCAUCCGUCUCGUCGCUGCGGCGGGCGCCUUGGAAGCCCAAACCUUGCAACAUUGGACCGCGGCUGCGGCCGGCCUUGUCUUCGUUGUUUUUUCCCUGCUGGCGCAGCGCUGGCUUACCGCCGACCCCCUGGCCAGAGUGCCGGUCGUGGGGAAGGGGAGUAGGUGGGCUCGGAGAAGGCAAUUCCUGCAAGGCAAAGGACACCAGCUUUACAUCGAUGGCUACAAGCAGUUCAAGGAUACCAUCUUCCGCAUUACAACGGCUAUGGACAACGAUACUAUCUGUGUUCCGCCUAAGUUCCUCUCUGAGCUAAAGAAAGCCCCUGACGAUGUUAUUAGCUUUGAUAAAUCUAUUGACGAGACCAUGCAGGUCAGGUACACAAAAAUACAAAACGGUAGCCCUAUCCUGAUCCAUGCAAUCAGGGCGUCGUUAACGCCAGCUCUACCCUGGCUGAACUCAAGCAUUGCAGAGGAGGUCGCCGAGACGAUGCGCCUUGAGCUGCCCCAAUCCACUGGCUGGAGUGAGGUUAAUAUGACCUCCAAGCUCCUCCGCAUCAUCGCCAUGGUUUCUGGUCGGGUCUUCAUUGGCCCCGAGCUGUGCCGGGACGAGAGGUAUAUUAAUGCAUCUAUUAACUAUACUCUUGACCUUGUGACUGCUGUGCACGUCAUUGGGCUAGUCCCCUCCUUCCUGCGGCCUCUUGUUGCCACCUGGCUGCCGACAACCCGAAAGCUCUACCGACGCGACAACGAGGCUGAAGCUAUCUUCCGCCCUAUUAUUGCAUCCCGCCGUAAGGCUGCAGAGAAGGGCAACGACUACCAGGAGCCGAACGAUAUGCUCCAAUGGAUCUUGAAUGCGCAGGCAAAGUUUGGCGCACUUAGUGACCUCGACCUCGCCAAGAUCCAGCUCAGCAUUAGCUUUGCCGCCAUCCACACAACUACCCUGACGACGACUAACGCUGUAUACUGGCUUGCGGCAAAGCCUGAGCUUAUACCUAUACUGCGUGAUGAUGUCCAGCAGGCACUCCUUCAGUCAGGGGGGGAAUUUACAAGCGGGGCUCUACAAAACAUGAAGAAAGUUGACAGCUUCCUGAAGGAGGUCAUGAGACUUUCCCCGCUUGGUGCUGGAGCCUUCCAGCGCAAGGUACUCAAGUCCAUGAAGCUCCCUAACGGUCAGACUAUCCCCAAGGGCCUCUUCGUUGAGGUUCCUAUUAGCGGCGUCAACCUUGACCCCGAGUUCUUUCCAGACCCAGAGGUGUUUGACGCCCUCCGCUUCUACAAGCUCCGUGAGGCUAAGGAGCACGCCGCGUCCGGCACCCAGGCCGCCGAGGUCGUCAUGCAGGCCCAGUUCGUUAGUGUUGGUGCCACUCAUCUGACGUUUGGCUAUGGCAAGCACGCUUGCCCUGGUCGCUUCUUUGCUGUUAAUGAAAUCAAGAUGAUCAUGGCCAACCUCCUGCGCAAUUACGAUAUCCGGCUGCCAGACAACGUCAGUGAGAGGUACAAGAACUUGAUUUUUGGCGCAAGUUCCAUCCCUGACCCCAAUAAGACUAUUAUGAUUAGGAAAGCUGUAAUAUAA